GAUUUGCAUAAUUUGUCUUAUUAAUCCCUGACCUAGAGCUACUCCAAGUCUUCCAACUCUUCCAAGUCUUCAAAAAUGGAGUAAGAGAAGUGGAAACCGAUGAAUCUUAGUUGAGAUCUCUUAAAGCUACAGUCGAAUUUGCAAUCCGAUCGAUUCUACAAUUGUUUUCGCAGAAGAAGCUGUAAUGGUUAGAAUAAGCUUGGAUUUCCGCUUCCUUCUUAUACCCGUCGCUCUCUUAUUCAUCUACAUCCAGAUGCGGCUCUUCGCUACACAAUCAGAGUACGCAGAUCGAAUUGCGGAAGCGGUUGAUGCUGAGAAUCAUUGUACAAGUCAAAUGCGACUACUAAUAGAUCAAAUAAGCAUGCAACAAGGGCAUAUUUUAUCCCUGGAAGAGGAGAAGAAACGUCUGGAUCAAGAAGGUGUACAACUGAAGGCUCUUGUUCAGGAACUUGAAAGGAAAGGUCUUCAGAGAAUGAUUAACAAAACACAGGAGCCAGUGGCAGCAGUUGUCAUCAUGGCAUGCAAUCGUGCUGAUUAUCUGGAAAGGACAGUUAAUUCUGUUUUAAAGUAUCAAAGCCCAAUUGCUUCGAAGUAUCCACUUUUUGUGUCACAGGAUGGUUCAAAUCCAGAAGUUAAGAGUAAAGCAUUGAGUUAUGAUCAGCUAACUUAUAUGCAGCACUUGGAUUUUGAACCAGUGUACACAGAAAGGCCAGGGGAAUUGAUUGCAUACUACAAAAUUGCGCGUCACUACAAAUGGGCAUUGGAUGAGUUGUUCAAUAAGCACAAAUUCAGCCGAGUAAUCAUACUUGAAGAUGAUAUGGAAAUUGCAUCAGACUUCUUUGAUUACUUCGAGGCUGCUGCAGACCUGCUUGACAGGGAUAAAUCAAUUAUGGCUGUUUCCUCGUGGAAUGACAAUGGACAAAAGCAAUUCGUACAUGAUCCCUAUGCACUUUAUCGGUCAGAUUUCUUUCCUGGACUUGGAUGGAUGCUAACUAGAUUAACAUGGAGUGAGCUCUCACCAAAGUGGCCAAAGGCAUAUCCUUCAUGGUUCACUUAAAUUUUAUUUCUUAAAUCAGACUUAUACAUACUAAUAUGGUCACAUUUGAAAAAAUUUUCCUUGACAAAAAUUCACUUAUUGGGAUGACUGGUUGAGGUUAAAGGAGAAUCACAUUGGUCGGCAAUUCAUCCGUCCAGAAGUGUGCAGAACAUAUAAUUUUGGUGAGCACGGUUCUAGUUUGGGACAGUUUUUCAAACAAUAUCUCGAGCCUAUUAAGCUGAAUGAUAUCAAGGUUGAUUGGAAGUCACAGGACUUGAGUUACCUAAUGGAGGACAAGUAUACGAAAUACUUUGCUGACAUUGUGAAAGAAGCUAAACCUGUUCAUGGCACUGAUGUUGUUCUCAAGGCUAGUAAUAUGGAAGGUGAUGUGCGUAUUCAAUACAAUGACCAGCCAGGUUUUGAACGUGUUGCACGACAAUUUGGAGUUUUUGAAGAAUGGAAGGUAAACUAUUGCUUUGAUAUUUAUAAUAUGUUCUCUUCCUCCAUUGAUCAAGAAUGUUCCCAAUAAUAGAAGAGAGAGGCUUGUGAAUUUAUUAUGCCUGGUUUCUUUGGCUGAUACAUAGCUGGUGACAGAUUACUAACAGUUAUCUUUUGUACCACUGCAAUGCCAUUUUAGAUGCAAGUUUUUGGCAAUAAUGGGUGCAAGGUUUA